AUGGGUGUUGUUACUGUCAAGAAACACGAGAAGGGAGGCGUCGUGCCUACCAAGGCAGAGGAGAAGCAGUACGAUGAAAACAUCCAGGUGGAGCUGUUGCUGACAGACUCUGAGUCGCAGGUCGACUCUUUGGUGUCGAAUCCUUUCAAGGACCCAGCUGUUGCUGAGUACUAUACUGCCUUGUACGAGAGAGUCCAGUAUGAGUCUCGUCUGGCUUUUGAUCCUGAGUUCGAGUGGGAGCCAGAGGAAGAGAGGAAGCUUCUUAGAAAGUUGGACUGGAGAGUUGCACUUAGUGCAUGCAUUAUGUUUAUCGGUUUGCAAAUCGACAGAGGUAACUUGGCCCAGGCUGUGGUUGACGACUUGUUGCCUGACUUGGGUAUGAACACUAAUGAUUACAAUACCGGUAACACGAUUUUCCUUGUUGCAUUUUUGUUGGCUGAGUUGCCUUCCCAAUUGAUUUCAAAGAAGCUUGGUCCCGAUAUUUUUAUUCCUAUCCAGAUGAUCUCUUGGUCCGUCGUCGCUGCUUGUCAAGGUGCAAUGCAGAACAAGACUGGUUUCUUUAUUUGCAGAGCUUUAAUUGGUGCUUUGGAAGGUGGUUUCAUUGCUGACUUGGUCUUGUGGCUUACCUACUUCUACAAGUCCACCGAGUUACCUCUCCGUUUGUCUUGGUUCUGGACAUCUCUUUCGCUUUGUCAGAUUGUUACUUCCCUUUUAGCAUUCGCUAUCUUGCGUAUGAGAGGUGUUGCUGGCAUGGCUGGCUGGAGAUGGCUUUUCAUCAUUGAAGGUCUCAUCACUUUGAUCAUUGGUAUCAGUGCUUUCUACCUCAUGGUUCCAUCUGCUGUUCAGACCAAAAACAAACUUCAUCCUAAGGGCUGGUUCAAUGACAGAGAAGUGAAGAUUGUCGUGAACAGAGUCUUGAGAGACGACCCUUCCAAGGGUGAUAUGCAUAACAGACAAGGUUUGUCUGUGAAGAUGAUUGCCAAAGCUGCAUGGGAUUACGAUUUGUGGCCCAUCUACGCCAUUGGUUUCUUGGCUUAUAUUCCACAAGGUACCAUUCAACCUUACAUGACUCUUUCCAUGAAAGAGUUAGGUUUCGAUCGUAUCAUCGUUAACUUGCUUACUAUUCCACAGGCAGUUCUUCACAUCAUUUUCUUGAUCGCUGUUACGUGGUUUUCCGAAAGAAUCAAUGAGCGUGCCUUGACAUGUUUGUCUUUGCCAAUCUUGACCAUUCCUUUCAUGGGUGCCAUUAGAUGGUGGCCAGGCAGUGGUAAUGAUAACCCUUGGGUGACUUGGUUCUUGGUCUCGAUGGUGUUGGCUGCUCCUUACAUUCACGCCAUCUGUGUUGCCUGGGUUUCAAGAAACUCCAACUCCAUUAGAUCCCGUUCCGUCUGUUCGGCCUUGUAUAACAUGACCGUGCAAAUUGGUAACAUUGGUGCUUACAACAUUUACAGAGAGGAUGACAAACCCAAAUACUACAGAGGUAACACCCAGCUUUUCAUUCUUUCUGUCGUCAUGAUUCCUUUGCUCCUAGGUGUGAAGCUCUACUAUGUUCAGAUGAACAAGUACAGAGACAGAAAGUGGAACGAAAUGACUGUCGAGGAGCAGGAAGACUACGUCCGUACAACCACUGACGAGGGUAACAAGCGUCUUGACUUUAGGUUUGACCACUAA